CUUCCUUCACUUGAGAACUGAGGAAAAAAAAAAAAAAAGAAGAUUCAGAAGCAUUCUUCUUCUUUUUUUUUUUUAGACCAAAAGCAAUGGAUUUCAGACUACCUCUCAUCUUUUUCCUCAUUCUCUUCACAACCCAGUGUUGUUUCAGUGCAAAUACUGAACUCAAAGUAGUUAUGGAAAUCAAAGCUGGUUUAGACCCAGAGAACAAGUAUCUCUCUUCAUGGACCUUUAAUGGUGACCCUUGUGAUGGUUCAUUUGAAGGCUUAUGCUGUAACGAGAAAGGCCAAAUAGCCAACAUUUCUUUGCAAGGGAAAGGAUUGUCUGGCAAACUCUCACCUGCUAUUGCUGAGCUUAAACACUUGACAGGGCUUUACUUGCAUUACAACUCUUUGUAUGGGGAGAUACCUAAAGAAAUAGCAAACUUGACUCUACUCACUGAUUUAUAUCUCAACAUGAAUAAUCUCUCUGGUCAGAUUCCUCCUCAGAUUGGUGAACUGGGUAGCUUGAAGGUGUUGCAGCUCUGUUAUAACCAGCUCACAGGAAGCAUACCAACACAAUUGGGAUCUUUAAAGAAGCUUAAUGUACUUGCCUUGCAGUCCAAUCAACUUACUGGUGCAAUCCCUGCAAGUUUAGGGGAUUUGGGUACAUUAAUAAGGCUUGAUUUGAGUUUCAAUAGUUUCUUUGGUUCAAUCCCUUUGAAACUAGCUGAUGCUCCUUUGCUUCAAGUUCUAGACAUUCGGAACAAUUCACUUUCUGGCAAUGUCCCUCUUGCUCUUAAGAGACUGAAUGAUGGAUUCUUGUUUCAAAAUAAUCCGGGUCUAUGUGGGUCUGGUUUUGCAUCAUUGAAAGUUUGUAAUGAUUCUGAUCAUAUUAAUCCAAGCAAACCUGAGGUUUAUGGGUCAGGGGCAGCUGGUGUUACUAGAGAAAUACCGGAGACGGCAAAUCUUCAGUUACCUUGUGAGCAAAAACCCUGCUCGAAGCCAUCAAAGUCUCAAAGGGGUCCUAUUCUUGUUGCUCUGAUUGUUGUCAUAGUUGCAUUAUCAGUUAUAGGACUCGUCACAUUCAUGCAAUAUCGUCGCCAGAAACAGAAGCUUAGUAGCUUAUCUGAAGUUCCUGAAAACCGCCUUAGCACCAAUCAAACCAAGGGGUUUAGUAGGAAGAACGGAUCUCCACUCAUUAGCCUUGAGUAUGCUAAUGGUUGGGAUCCUUUGGCUGAUGGCAGGAACUACAAUGGCUUUGCCGAGAGCUUUAGGUUCAACUUAGAAGAGGUGGAGACAGCUACUCAGUACUUUUCGGAGUUAAAUUUAUUGGGGAAGAGUAACUUUUCCGCAACUUAUAGAGGGUUUCUAAGGGAUGGAUCAGCUAUUGCGAUUAAAAGCAUCGGCAAAACUAGUUGCAAAUCAGAUGACGCUGAGUUCUUGAGGGGACUGAAUGUUUUGGCUUCAUUGAAGCAUGAAAAUUUAGUGGGAUUGAGAGGGUUCUGUUGUUCAAAGGCCCGGGGAGAGUGCUUUCUCAUAUAUGAUUUUGUCCCUAAUGGGAAUUUACUAAGCUAUCUUGAUGUCAAGGAUGGUAAUGGACAGGUCUUGGAAUGGUCCACAAGAGUUUCCACUGUUAAAGGCAUAGCCAAAGGUAUAGCAUAUUUGCAUGGUAACGAAGUAAACAAACCUGCCCUCGUUCACCAAAACAUUUCAGCUCAAAAAGUGGUCAUCGAUGAUCAGUUCAAUCCUUUGCUCUCGGAUUCGGGCUUGCACAACCUCCUUACCAAUGAUAUCGUGUUUGCAGCGCUCAAGGGCAGUGCUGCUAUGGGUUACUUAGCUCCUGAAUACACUAGUACAGGCCGGUUUACCGAGAAGAGUGAUGUUUAUGCAUUUGGGGUCGUGGUUUUUCAAGUCCUUUGUGGGAAACGAAAUGUGACUAGCUUGGUACGAGUUGGAGGUGAAUGUUGUAGAAUCCAAGAUUUUAUAGACUCAAACCUCCAUGGUAGGUACUUGGAAAAUGAAGCAGCUAAACUUGCAAGAAUUGCUUGGCAUUGCACUCACGAGUGUCCUGUAGAAAGACCAUCCAUGGAAGCAGUGGUUCAAGAUCUGGGCGUGUAGACUCGGUUUCAACUGGAUUUUCAUGUCAAGCUUUUUAAGUUUUUGGAUAUUUUGUGCUUUCAUUGUCAUGAGUGUUGUAACUUUGUAAACCCUUAAUUUUAUAUUCAUCUCCCUAGCUUUAUGAUG